AUGAAGCUGUCUGCUAUUGCACUUCUGGCCUUGACCUCGGGCAUUGCUGCCGCCCCAGCACCUAAGGCCGGUAAGGACGUUGAUCGCCACGACUACAAGCCUCCCAAGGACCAUUACAAGCCGCCUACCGAGUACAAGCCUCCUCCGAAGGACCACUACAAGCCUCCUGCCGAGCACAAGCCUCCCAAGGAUCAUUACAAACCUCCUACUGAGCAUAAGCCUCCGCCCAAGGACUAUCACAAGCCACCCAAGGAUCACUACAAGCCGCCUGCCGAGCACAAACCGCCACCCAAGGACUAUCAUAAGCCGCCCAAGGAUCACUACAAGCCGCCUGCCGAGCACAAGCCGCCACCCAAGGACUAUCAUAAGCCGCCCAAGGAUCACUACAAACCUCCUUCUGAGCACAAGCCUCCGCCCAAGGACUAUCACAAGCCGCCCAAGGAUCAUUACAAGCCGCCUGUCGAACACAAGCCUCCUCCAAAGGAUCAUUAUAAGCCUCCUACGG